UAUAAAUGAUGUUUGGGGGGUUGAGUAGGUAAGAUGCACUGGGCUUAGUUGUUAGGGUGCCGGAGACUCAGUACAGAAGGAUCUGGCCACCUCUGCUGGUCUGAAGGCAUACACACAUGGGCAAAGAGAAAAAGUAAGCGCUGGAGAAGAAAGAGGAAGGAAGGAAAGAGUAAGAGAGAAAAAAGGAAGAAAGAAAUCUGUGGUUUUUACAGAAAAAAGUCAGCUAAUUGAAACUUGGGUACUAUUUGGCGUUGGUUUGCUGAAUUUAAGCCAACAUACGCAGAUAAAUGCAGGUAUUCUGUAGUGAUAAAAGUAAUUGACAUUUUUCCACAUGGUAAAUAAAUUAUUUUCAGCCAGAACGGAGGUGUAGAACGUGGCAAACCAACACAUUUUAUUUAGAGUCCGUAUCAAAUAGGAAUGACUUGGUGAACUUUUUCAGAGGAAGCUUCUCAUAUUAAAACACAGGAGCUAUCACUGGCUUAAUGAACUUUCUCUAGUCACCUACACCCUCCUAGUACCCAGGAGAUUCUUACUUACAUAAAUUCUGGAUUGACAGGUUUGAUUGCUCACCUCCUGCUUUGCUAUGUGAAAAUCAUGACCCAUACCCAAUUUCUAUAGAGAUUAUACCAGAAGAAAAUGAUGUGGUGAUUGUUUCUGAGCUAUUCCAUAUGGAAUGCAGUGUAUUCAGUGGCCAUGCCCUCCAUUAAACGGGUUUGAGCAAAAUUGAAAUGGAAUCUAAAGACAGAAACCCUGACUGGCUUCUACCAUGCCAGAAUGCAUUGACCUACAAUGAUGUGCAUGUGAACUUUACUCGAGAAGAGUGGGCUUUGCUAGAUCCUUCCCAGAGGAAUCUCUACAAAGAUGUGAUGCUGGAGACCUACAGGAACCUCACUGCUAUAGGCUACAAUUGGAAAGAUCAUAAUAUUGAAGAGCAUUGUCAAAGUUCUAGAAGACAUACAAGGUAUAUCAUUGUCACAGUGAAGACAUAUUAGCAUGGGGCUAUUGAAAGAAGCAAUGUACCUCCCAGAACAAUUAAAAGAUAUAAUAGUCCCCAUUUUGAGUAGAUUUUUUAAAUGUGAUACCUGUUAUGUUUUAUAUAGGAUAUUCCGACCUGGCAGCAGUGCAAAGAAUGACACAGAAUCUUUUUAAUAUUUUAAAGCUUAGGCAAUUUACCUGGGCAGCCUCUGAACCCUCUUUUUCCCUUAACCCAAAUAAAACUAGUCAGGUGUCCCGUUGCAUGGCCAGCUCUACCUCUUCAUAAAUGUUCAUAUACAUCUGUUACCUGCAGUGUACUGCUAAUGAAUUUGUCUUUUGCUUUCUUCUUCCCAGCAACCCUCUCUCACUCAGAUGUUCUGCCCUCUAUUUUGUGCCCUGCUAUUAGUUGUCCACUUUUAUUGUUUCCAAUAGAUAAGAAAGGAAGGACAAAUGUUUACAAAAUAUAUGACAGGUGAUUGGCAAUAGAAAGAACAAUACUAAGUUCUGGCCAGCACUUAGUUCUCUGCUGUCUCAGCAAUCAGCAUUCACAUAUGCUGACACACUUUCACACAAUAUACCCCAACAUCAAUUUAUUGGUUAUUCAAUUUCCUUAAGAAUACUCAUAAACUCACACUGCAGAAAAUGUAAGUUUUAGGAAUGUUGAAAUUUUGUUUGUCCCAGUUAUCUUUGCAAAUUUAUCAUGGCGCCCAGUAUAGGGGAGUUUAUGAAGCCAGUAGAUUUUGCAGUUUUCUACAAAUAUGUGGUAAAACAUCUUAUAGAAGAAAAAUAUAGUAAAAAUAUGAGCCAGGUAACAAACAUUUUUAUCAUCACAGGUAUGUUUAAAUAUGCAAAACUACACAUAGAGAAGGAGAACACGAUGAAUGUAAAAAUAGUGAUGAAACCAAGAUGUAGUUCCUCUUUACCUUUACACCAUAUUGUAAAAUUGACAUGGAUAAAAAUAUUCAACAGUGUAA